AUGCCAUCCCCUAGCUUGCCCGGAACAGGUGAAACCAGCUAUUCUUCUACCUGCGACGCGCCUGCGUCUCAGUGGGACUUGUACCGUAAUUCUCUUCACAAUGACCCUUGCCAAGUUGCGGAAGGCCUACUUUCCGAUAAAAACUGUGUUACCAAUGACAAUAUAACGGAGACUAAUAGUGCGCUCCGGAAUAUUCUUGAAACUCAGGAGGCCAAAGACGCGAUCCCGGAUCAGUUCAAUCGCUGCCUUUGCUCCAGUCCUGUCUACGCUUUGGUGGCGUUCUGCAGAUCAUGUCAGAGUCCGAGCAGUUUUAACAGUAGCAUCCCAGUUUUUGCUAGCUGGGCUGGCUGGUCAUCGAAUUGUAAUGUUACCUUGAAUCGCCAAAAUUUUGUAGUUUUCCCUUUCAAUGAUAUCUUGGAACACGACCAUGUCAUGAAAUGGACGAAUGAUACUGGGAAUUUCGACGAAAAUGGAAAUUUCUCCCUUCGAAGAACCAAGAGAAGUGUUGAGGAAGGAGACAGAUCAGAAUUUGGUCCACCAAUGUCAACAACGAUACCCUCCACUAACGAAGAACCUCCUAGUAGGGCUGGAAAUGGCACCAACGACACGGGCAACCGACAAACGUUAUCAUCAAGUAGUAAACCACCUGUCGGGCCGAUCGUUGGAGGGGUAAUCGGAGGUGUUGCGUUUCUGGCCCUCCUUGCAAGCCUGUUACUCUGGUAUUUUAGGUUUCGAAGGAGAGAGAAGAAGGAAGCACCUUCUACUACUUACAUCAGGGCUUGCGGAGGGCGAUUGUCCGCAAACAUGCAUUUAACGACUCCCUACGUCGCCGGUAACCGAGAGAGUGUAAUACAAUAUCCUAACGAGAAGGCGAUACUCGCUGAACGUGAGAACAUGGAAACCCCUGUUCGGAUUAAUAGUACUCCAGAAACUACGAAUUCGGAAUCAUUCGAUCCGUACAACAUCUCGGAAAUCAACAGGCUUCAAACGGCUCAACUUGGUGAUACUGGUUCGCGGGGGUGA